GAGCAGAUUCCAAAUAAUAGAAGAACAACAUUUCACAUCUCAAUUAAAAUUUCAUAUAAGGAAACUAUAAAAAUAGAGACUCGUUGCAAUCAAAAAUGCGGAAACAUCCGCACAAAGGAGUCACAAAAUUAUAGUUUUCAAUGAAAAGUUUUUCAAAUUUUAUAAUUUCUUGUUUAUCAGAAUCAGUUCAUUCAAUUUUUGGUUCCCAAGAAACUACAUAAUGAAGACCGCUUAUUUGCAAUCAAAUCCCGAGUUUGAUAGAGAACUCGAACAAGAAAUUAGAUCACAUGCCAUUGAAACGCGUAAAAAAACUGACCUUGAAAACGGAAAUCAGAAGAGGGUUGAAGGUUUUUCAAACCCAGUUGCAAUCAAAAACUCAGAAAAACUUCCCGAGGUCCGAUGCAAAUCCAAGACCAAACAGAGCAAAGAAGUUCGCUUUUCAGACGAACAUUUUGAGGAGUCCGCGCCACCUUCUUCAAGUUCAAGUCGCCAAAAUUACAUUACAGAUAUUUCAUGUUCGCGGGAUAUUGCAUCACCCAGUCCAAGUAUUACGUCAUUGUUUGAUGCAAACAACAGCUGGUCUCAAUUUUUAACCAAUCAGAAAGAAAGAAAAGGAAGGAAGUUUGAUGCGAAUGUCGAGGAGUUUGAUCGGGGAAUUUGCUGUCAAGGUUACCCAAAAGUGGCUCUUCAUUCUUUGAUGGACCACAAUCAAGACAUAGUGGGCGUGGUCAUCCACAGUGGCUUGAGAAAUGUCAUCAUCAAGCAAGGAUACCUGUUCGACAUCCGGGAACUCCAGUUUCUCAAUGACGUCAUUCAGUCCUGUCACACUGCUCAAGAAGCGGGCAAAUUAUUUUCCAAGAAUGGCGUUAAUUGGGACUACACGCAACAAUGCUACUACAUACGCAAGAAAAAAUGGAUUCACAGCUUGCAAUUCGUGAAGUGUUUCUGCUAUCUCGGAUCAAACUUGACCCUUUUUCCCAUUUUUCACCGCAAGGUUUCCAGGAGGUAUCCAAUAUCGCUGGCAUUCGAAAACCCCGACGACUGGAAGUACUUCCAGAAGAAAAUAGCGGCAAUCACUCCGACUCGAAAAACUCAAUCCGAAACUAUAGAUGAGAUUUAUAGAAAAACGAUUUAUGAAAGUCUCGAUGCGAGCUAG